AAGGCAAACACGUGGUUCAGAGAGAACUUAUAAAUCUCUCCUCCCAGGCAGGAUCGUGAUGUUAUCUGCUGGCAGCAGAAGGUACGCUCCGAGGGGAGCUCCAGAAGCUCCCGACCAGAGAGAGAGAGAGGGAGGGAGAGAAAGGCAGGCAGAGGCAGCCGGAGAGAUAGAGAGAGACCGGGAGAGAGGCAGAGAGAGAGACACACAGGGAAGAGCGAGAGCGCAAGGGGAGGAGGCCUGGCGAGAGGGAUGGAGAACCUAGGAUAACGGUCUAGGGAGCCAUUCGGGGGCAAACCGAGGGGCUGCCUGGCCGCAGAAAGGAGAAAGGAGAGGAUCUACUGCAGGCUGCCAAGUGCCUACUACCCUCAGCGAGAAAGCCCAAGUGGGAGAGAAACCAGGAGUGGGUGGGCAAGGGUGGGAGUCCAAGGGAACCCCUUCGCAACCCCCUAGGAAUAAAACUCCCCUGUCGGCGCGUCCCGGGGCUGCCGCUGCGGUCCGCUGGGGGCGAAAGCCACGGCGGCGGCCGCCGCUCGUCUGUUGCCGGGUUGGCGUUUGGAGCGAGAGGAGAAGGAGGAGCGGAAGGAGGGAGCUGGAGGCCGGACGCGUUCGCCAGCGGCGGCGGCGGCGGCAACGUGGAGUGACCGGGCGGGUCGGCGCGCCGGCCGGGGUGUCGGCCCCCGCGCGCAGCUCCGGGAGCAGGAUCCUCGCCGCCUCCCUCCGCGGCCUCCGCGGCCCCCGCCGGACCCGGCCGAGCCCCGGGCGCAGCGCGAAGCGCUCCCGCCUCCCCGCCGCGGGCCGGGCUCGCUCCCAGCGCGCGCACACGGGCGCGCGCGCGCACACUCACACACACACUCACACACGUGUGCGCCCCUCCGCUCCGGAGCUGCUGCUGCUCCUGCUCUCAGCGCCGUAGUGGAAGGCAGGGCCGCGCCGCUCCUUCUUUAAAUAUAUAAAUUGGAGCCGGCCGGCCUCGGCCGCCCCCCCUGACAGCGCUGCCCGCGCCCCUCCCGCCGGCGCGCCCUCUGCCAGCCCCGGGACCUUUUCAUCUCUUCCCUUUUGGCCGGAGGAGCCGAGUUCGGAUCCGCCACUCCGCACCCGAAACUGACACACUGAACUCCGUUUCCUCCUCCUCAAUUUAUUUCUGCCUAAUAGCCACUCGUCUCUUUUUUUUCCCCCCCAUCUCGUCGCUCCAAGAAAACUUCUGCUGACUCCCCCAAGUGAAGCUUCCCCCUUGCCCGUCGUGUAUUAAUAUUUCCACUUGGGGAACGACUUGCCUUUUCUUUUUAAAGGAAUUCAAGCAAGAUAGCUUUUUCUCUCGGACAUUGACUCCCGAUUGUUUGCAAAAGUUUCGCAUUAAAAAAAAAAAAAUCUACCUGAUCUGUACUUUGAGAGUUGUUGGUUUCUUUUUAUUUUUCUUACUUUUUUUAAAAAAUUUUUUUCCACCUUAAAAAAAAAAAUGCACUACUGUGUGCUGAGCGCUUUUCUGCUUCUGCAUCUGGUCACGGUCGCGCUCAGCCUGUCUACCUGCAGCACGCUCGACAUGGACCAGUUCAUGCGCAAGAGGAUCGAGGCGAUCCGCGGACAGAUCCUGAGCAAGCUGAAACUCACCAGCCCCCCAGAAGACUACCCCGAACCCGAGGAGGUCCCCCCGGAGGUGAUUUCCAUCUACAACAGCACAAGGGACUUGCUCCAGGAGAAGGCGAGCCGGAGGGCGGCCGCCUGCGAGCGCGAGCGGAGCGACGAGGAGUACUACGCCAAGGAGGUUUACAAAAUAGACAUGCCGCCCUUCUUCCCCUCGGAAAAUGCCAUCCCGCCCACUUUCUACAGACCCUACUUCAGAAUUGUCCGAUUUGACGUCUCCGCCAUGGAGAAGAAUGCUUCCAAUUUGGUGAAGGCAGAGUUCAGAGUCUUUCGUUUACAGAACCCGAAAGCCAGAGUGCCUGAACAACGGAUCGAACUGUAUCAGAUUCUCAAAUCCAAAGAUUUAACAUCUCCAACCCAGCGCUACAUCGACAGCAAAGUCGUGAAAACCAGAGCGGAAGGCGAAUGGCUCUCCUUCGAUGUCACUGAUGCUGUUCACGAAUGGCUCCACCAUAAAGACAGGAAUCUGGGAUUUAAAAUAAGUUUACACUGUCCCUGCUGCACCUUUGUACCAUCGAAUAAUUACAUCAUCCCCAACAAAAGUGAAGAACUAGAAGCGCGAUUUGCAGGUAUUGAUGGCACCUCCACAUAUACCAGUGGUGAUCAGAAAACAAUAAAGUCCACUAGGAAAAAAAACAGUGGGAAGACCCCACAUCUCCUGCUAAUGUUGUUACCCUCCUACAGACUUGAGUCACAACAGUCCAACCGGCGGAAGAAGCGUGCUUUGGAUGCAGCCUAUUGCUUUAGAAAUGUGCAGGAUAAUUGUUGCCUACGCCCACUUUACAUUGAUUUCAAGAGGGAUCUUGGGUGGAAAUGGAUACAUGAGCCUAAAGGGUACAAUGCCAACUUCUGUGCUGGAGCGUGCCCGUAUCUGUGGAGCUCAGACACUCAGCACAGUAGGGUUCUCAGCUUAUAUAAUACCAUAAAUCCAGAAGCAUCUGCUUCCCCUUGCUGCGUGUCCCAGGAUUUAGAACCACUCACCAUUCUCUACUACAUCGGCAAAACACCCAAGAUUGAACAGCUUUCUAAUAUGAUCGUAAAGUCUUGCAAAUGCAGCUAAGAUUCUUGGAAAAGUGACAAGACGAUAAUCACACAGUGAUGAUGAUGAUGAUGAUGAUGAUGAUGAUGGUGACAAAGGCAAUGUUUGUAACAGGAAAACACGAGAGAGCCUUGCUUCAUCAGUGUUUAAAAAAAAUUUGAAAAAGCGGUACUAGUUCAAACACUUCGGAAGUUUGUGUUCUGUUUGUUAAAACUGGCAUCUGAAACAAACAAAAAAAAAGUUGAAGGCUUUAUUCUAUAUUUUACCUACUCUGUAAGUGAGAGAGACAAGAAGCAAAACCUUUUUUUCUUGAGAAAAAAAAAUAAACACUGGAAGAAUUUGUUAGUGUUAAUUAUGUGAAAGAAAAAAAAAAAACAGGAAAAUCCCGUUAAGUGGAGUUGCUGUACAUACGUUUUUAUCCCACGCCUCACUUGAUUUUUCUGUAUUGCUAUGCAAUAGGCAUCCUUCCCAUUCUUACUCUUAGAGUUAACAGUGAGUUAUUUAUUGUGUGUUACUAUAUAAUGAACAUUUCAUUGCCCUUGGAAAAUAAAACAGGUGUAUAAAGUGGAGACCAAAUACUUUGCCAGAAACUCAUGGAUGGCUUAAGGAACUUGAACUCAAACGAGCCAG